AUUGAAAGGACUCCUCCAGACUGAAACACAGGCAAACAUUUCUACGGUCGAGUGUGAGUACAGAAGAAAAAAACGCACGGAAAAAAUUGCGCUAGUCGAUGUGAGUUAGCGUAUAAGAGUACGGAAGCAAGAGCGGGAGAACAAUAAUAAUACGACAAAGUAAUCAAAUUCAAACAUUGGACUAUAUUAAAUCACAUCUUUGACAAAGUGCUCAAGUGUUUGACGACUCAAACCAUAACGUUCACGCGAAUAAGAGUUUAAAAAGAAGAACAGAGAAUAGAAAACGGUGGAAAACAAAUUCACACAAUCGAUAGAAACAAUUAAAGAGAGCCGUUACGUACGCAUAAGAGAGAAUAUCAAAAGUGAAUCGAAUUUGAUUGAGAAUCAAGCAUAUUGAUUUUGAGUCGAUAGACAACAAUCGAAGGGAAAACUUACAAAAAUUGUCAUUGGUCGGGAUAUUUUUGGUGUUAUUUGGUUUUACAUUACUGUUUAUUGAUAAUGAGCAUAUGUUCCGGCGAGGACAUGGUAUUAUUGGCUGCCGUAGCCGAUUCUGCUGAACGUGCCAUCGAAAAUAAUGUUAUGGUUUUAGAUAGUUCACCAACCAAUACAGUCAAAGUGAACUUAGAGACUCUACCUCCACCACCACCGCCUCCGGUAACUUUGUAUACCACAACAACAAAUAACCUCAACUCUUUUAGUGACUCGCGUCGAUCUCAACCGGGUACACGAAACGUUUACGGUCGCCUGUGCUACAAAGAAGAUGUUUUAUAUAUAACUGAUAAUGAUUCUUCGAUCAUAAUAGGACGAAAUUCGUCAACAUCAACAGUACAUUUUCCUGUGGGUAAAAAUAGUUUUGUGUCGCGAAAGCAUGUGCAAGUCACAUUCGAUCAUAGCACAAGUAUCUUCUAUUUGAUAUGCUUGAGUAAGAAUGGUGUAUUCGUUAAUGAUGUGAUGCGCAAAAAAUGUUCGGAGCCAGUGAAAUUACCAAAAACAUGUACAAUUCGUUUUCCGAGCACCACAAUUCGCAUACUAUUUGAGAGUUAUGUUGAUCAUCCAUUCGAAAUACCGGCCAAAACCAACAAAACGGUUGAAAACUCAAAUGUGAUAUAUGCGCCAUUGAAAAUUUCGAUACCAGAACAUGAUAAGAGGAGCCCAUUCCCAUCACCAACUGGAACAAUAAGCGCGGCAAAUAGUUGUCCGACCAGUCCACGGCACACAUCCUAUCAAAUUCGCGGCGAUACCAUCAUUUUUGAUCGCGAAAUUGGCAAUGACCAUUUAUUGGGCACAUCAACCAGCGUUUACAGUUCGUACAAUCAUCUCAAAAAUAAUAAUAAUCAUCAAAAUAAUUCCGCAGCACAUUUGGCAAGCAGUACCGGUGUCACCAACAAUAACCAAGACUUCGAAACUGAUCUAUUUCCUCCGCCGGCGUCUUCGUCAUUUAAUGAAUUCGAGAAACCACCAUACAGCUAUGCACAGUUGAUUGUUCAAUCAAUUGCAGCGUCACCAGAAAAACAACUCACAUUAUCUGGAAUUUAUUCAUUCAUUUCGAAGCAUUAUCCCUAUUAUCGCAAAGAGGCAAACAAAGGAUGGCAAAAUUCCAUUCGCCAUAAUUUAAGUUUGAACAGAUAUUUCAUUAAGGUCGCUCGUUCGCAAGACGAACCAGGAAAAGGAAGUUUUUGGCGAAUCGAUCCAAACAGUGAAUCAAAAUUAAUUGACCAAAGUUAUAAGAAACGACGUCAACGCGGAAGCCAAUGCUUCCGAACACCAUACGGUAUGCCCAGAUCUGCACCGGUUUCACCGAGUCACAUGGAUAAUUUGUCAGCUGAAAAUUCGCCACUGCAUGAUAUUGUGUUGCAAUCAGCACCAGGGUCACCGCGAGGCUCAUAUCCGGGUACUAUUGUACACGCGGAGAAUCAAAGCGUCGAUGAUAAUUAUGUGGUGCAGCAUCGAUUGAUCCCAAGUUCAGCUCCAUAUAUACAUAAAAAGAGCCAGUAUCGACUUUCGUACGUUGAUUCCACCUCGCCAAAUGUCAUUGUAUCAACAAUUCCGGCAGAUCGGCAUAUCUAUGAAGAUCAUCAAAUAAUUGCAUCGCAACAACAUCAAUCGAUAUUAAAUCAUCAGCAAAUUGUGACCCGGCUCGAAGGCACCGAUAGUGAAGACAACGAUGAUAAGUACAAUCAUAAUGUCAAGCGCCUCAAAUAUGAUCCAGAGAUCUAAACAUAUACACAUACACACAUCAAGGUUAAGAGAAACACGUACACACAUACACACACACACUCACGCAUACAUACAUAGACAUAUUUUCCUGUUUCCAAAAUUAGCCAUAUGAACAUCAAUGCGGGGAUAAUGACAACAACAAAAAAAAAAGAGAGAAAAACAAAACAAAACCUUAACAAAAACGAACUAUACGGAAAAUUGUUGGUAUUUUUUUAAGAUAGCUUUCUUCUAGAGGAAAACAAAACAAAGAAAAAAUAAAACGUCUGCAAUCAUUGAAAGAGAAUCACAAAUUAAUGCAUAUAAAUUAACAUCUUGACAUAAAUAUUCAUUAAAAUCUAAGAAUUAAACGUAAAACACUCAAUAUUAAUUUUUUUGAUUAAAAUAUUUUCGCUCAAGCAAAAAACAAAAACAAAUCAUUCAUAGCAACAUUUUUGAACAUUUAAACAAACAAAAAUAAUGGAAAAAAAACCAAUCGAACGAUAGAGAAAAUACAAAUGUACAAUAAAGAUUGUAGUGACAUUUAUUUUUACACUUGAAUCAAAACUACUGACAAAUUCAAUGUUUCAGUGUUACGUUUUAAACGUGUUUAACAAAAUUAUUGCGAUGCAACUUGAAAAUGAUCAGACAGUUUGUUAAGUUUAUGUUUUUUUUUCUUCGGCACAAGAUAAAUCAAAUGCAUUCGAAAUGAUAAUUCGAAACCAUGCCCCACCUCAAAUGUAUUAAAACACACAUAAAACGUCAUUUGCAUCGAUUUGGAGGAUGUAAUAAAUCGAAAUGAAAAAACAAAAAUUUUCCAAAUAAAUCACGACAAGAGUUUUUUUUUGUUUGUUGAGUAUAGGUCUUGUUUAGUAAAAGUGAAAAAAAUAUAUAAUCUCCACCUGACUUAAUAUUAAAUUCUUCACACAUAUACUCAGGUGAUUGGCAAAGAAUAUAUUAGAUGUAUAUGUAAUAACUAACGAUUCUAAACGAGUAUAAGACCAAAAUUGAAAUGAAAACCACAGUGUAGAGAAGAAAAUAAUAACAAAGAAAAAUAAUUUUGCAUGUAUGCAUUUUUGUUUGCAUUUACCUAAGUAAUUAUGUAGAAGUUUAUUGUUAUUCAUGAAUCAUGAGGAUAAAUGUACGAUUAGCUUAGUUCAUGUCGUAUGUGAAUUUAA